AUGACUUUGUCCCAAUUCAGUUCAACGGAAACUCUCAAGGGCCCUGAAGUCACUGACAAGUCGGUCAACUCAAGCCCUAACCUCCCGCCCCAAGAUGAGAAAGUCUUAUCGGUGCCAUCAACACCAGCAGAGACAAGUAACAUUGAAAACCAUAUCCUGUCGUCACCACCAUAUCAUGUCUUCCCUCGGUCUCGCAAGUUGUUGAUGGUCAUUAUCGUCUCCCUGGCUGCCAUCUUCUCACCACUAUCUUCAAAUAUCUACUUCCCUGCGCUUUCGGAUGUUGCAGAGGAACUCAAUGUCUCCAUGUCUCUAGCUACCUUGACAAUCACGAUAUACAUGAUUGUUCAAGGCCUUGCUCCGAGCUUUUGGGGUUCUUUCUCAGACGUGGUGGGCCGCCGUGUGAUUUUCAUCUGCACAUUUGCUGUCUACAUUAUUUCGAACAUCGCUUUAGCCGUCUCUACCAACUAUGCUGAACUUAUGGUUUUCCGAGGGUUACAGGCAGCCGGAAGUGCAGCUACCAUCUCAAUUGGUGCUGGUGUCAUUGGUGAUAUUACCACUUCAGCAGAGCGAGGUAGUUUGAUUGGUAUCUUUGGUGGUGUCCGCAUGUUGGGCCAGGGAGUUGGACCAGUAUUCGGUGGGAUCCUCUCUCAGUACCUUGGGUUCCGAUCUAUCUUUUGGUUCUUGGCUAUUGCAUCCGGAAUCAGUCUUUUCUCUAUCAUGUUCUUCCUCCCAGAAACACUCCGUUCUAUCGCUGGAAACGGCACCGUUCCUCUCAAAGGCAUCCACAAGCCCAUCAUCUACGCCAUUUGUGGACAGAAGGAUGCACAGGAAGACGCAACCCCAUCUGGAAAGAAAGUCAACGUCACCUUCAAGACUGUGCUAUCACCCCUUACCUUCCUAGCCGAGAAGGAUGUCUUCAUCACCCUGUUAUUUGGCAGCAUGGUUUACACAGUCUGGUCGAUGGUAACCUCCUCCACAUCCGCUCUAUUUGAAAAAACAUACGGCCUGAACUCACUAGAAGUCGGCCUAACCUUCCUCGGCAAUGGUUUCGGAUGCAUGACCGGCUCCUACACAAUCGGAUACCUAAUGGACUUCAACCACAAGCGAACAGAGCGCGAAUAUUGCCAGCAGCACAAUCUUCCAAAUGAUACUCGAAUCAACUCAAAGAGUCACCCCGACUUUCCCAUCGAGUACGCCCGCAUGCGCAACACUUGGUGGAUCACUGCUAUCUUCAUUGUCUGUGUAGCGGUCUACGGAGUGUCCCUCCGCACUCACCUUGCUGUCCCAAUUAUUCUUCAGUUUAUCAUCGCCUAUGGCUCUACCGCUAUCUUCACCAUUAAUAGCGCCCUCGUUAUCGACUUGUACCCCGGUGCUAGUGCCAGCGCAACCGCAGUCAACAACCUGAUGAGAUGUUUGAUUGGUGCUGCUGGUGUCGCAGCUGUUCAGCCUAUCAUUGAUGCUCUCACUGCCGAGUUUGCAUUUGUCAUGCUUGCUGGCAUUACCAUUGCCAUGAUCCCUCUUCUCAUAGUUGAGAUGAAGUGGGGCUAUGGAUGGCGUCUUGAACGUCAAGAGCGCCUUCGAAAGGAAAACUCGGUCUGA